AUGGAGAAGAGGGAGAACUUUCCACCUCUUAAUUCCCUGAAUGAGUACCAGCCAAUCAGGACAGCUGAUAAAACGGAUCCGAGCAACAACGCUCAAAAGAAUGGUGGAGACCAAAGAACUAUGCAGCUGAGAAAAGAAAUCUCCCUCCUUAACGGCAUCUGCCUUAUAGUAGGAAACAUGAUUGGGUCCGGGAUAUUUGUUUCUCCCAAAGGAGUACUUAACUACAGUUUGUCCUAUGGAUUAUCCCUCGUCAUCUGGGCCCUGGGCGGGAUGUUUUCCGUGAUCGGAGCCCUCUGCUACGCUGAACUGGGCACCACGAUCACCAAGUCAGGAGCCAGUUAUGCAUAUAUCUUAGAGGCCUUUGGAAGCUUCAUUGCUUUUAUACGUCUGUGGACGUCGCUGUUGAUCAUUGAGCCAACCAGCCAGGCUAUCAUCGCGAUAACCUUUGCCAACUAUAUUGUGCAGCCAGUCUUCCCUUCUUGCCAGCCUCCGUACAUUGCUUGUCGUUUCAUUGCCGCUGCUUGUGUAUGUCUUCUAACGUUUAUAAAUUGUGCCUAUGUUAAGUGGGGAACAAGGGUGCAGGAUGCAUUCACCUAUGCCAAAGUCAUUGCUCUAAUUGUCAUCAUCGUGACAGGAAUUGUUAAACUAUGCCAGGGAUACUCAGAACAUUUUCAGGACUCUUUUGAGGGAUCAUCUUGGAACCUCGGAGGGAUUUCUCUUGCACUUUAUUCUGCCUUGUUCUCAUACUCAGGUUGGGACACACUGAAUUUUGUAACUGAAGAAAUAAAAAAUCCGGAAAGGAAUCUGCCUCUAGCUAUUGCUAUUUCUAUGCCAAUUGUGACAAUUAUCUACAUCUUGACCAAUAUAGCUUACUAUACAGUGCUGGAUAUUAAUGCUAUACUUUCUAGCGAUGCAGUCGCGGUGACCUUUGCUGACCAAGUAUUUGGGAUUUUCAGCUGGACCAUUCCAAUAGCUGUUGCUUUGUCCUGUUUUGGGGGAUUGAAUGCCUCUAUUUUAGCCUCAUCCAGGCUCUUCUUCGUAGGAUCCCGGGAAGGUCAUCUGCCUGACCUCCUAUCCAUGAUCCAUAUUGGAAGGUUUACACCCGUCCCAGCUCUUCUCUUCAAUUGUACUAUGACCCUCAUCUACUUGACCGUAGAAGAUGUCUUUCUGCUUAUUAACUACUUCAGUUUCAGCUAUUGGUUCUUUGUCGGGUUGUCCAUUGCUGGACAGCUCUACCUCCGCUGGAAGCAACCGGAUCGGUAUCGACCACUCAAGCUGAGCCUGUUUUUCCCAAUCGUCUUCUGUAUGUGCUCGAUUUUUUUAGUGGUUGUGCCACUCUAUAGUGACACCGUUAAUUCUCUCAUUGGCAUUGGAAUUGCACUCUCUGGGAUUCCAGUCUACUUCAUGGGGGUCUACUUGCCUGUUUCCAAAAGGCCACCGUUGGUCAGCAAAAUCUUAGGUGCUGUCACCCGAUCCACUCAGUUACUUUGCUACUGUGUUCUGACAGAAAUGGAUGCUGUUGAAGAAAAAGGAGAAAGCAAAUCUAAUUAA